UGCAUAAUUUUGAGGUCAGUGGUAAUUUCCAAUGCAGAAAUGUUCGCGGUGGUUUUAUGUUCGCGGUUUUCGCGGUGGUAAAAAUCACCGCCAACAUUUUUUCAUUGUAGUUUUAGACUACAGUCUACUAGUAGUAUAACUUAAAAUAACCGCGAAAACUCCAUUUCCCGCUAACGCGAAAUUAAAUCCCCGCGAAGUUAAACGCAUUUACAGUAUACAGGAAUAGGCGGUUGUUUUUUGUUCCCGAGCAAGCCCCGAUUAUUCUAUGUUGAAGUAUUCUACGCAUGCUAAAGAGUCUUCAUACGCCCCGUUAGCCAAGAGGUAAAUAACUGUCCUUCAUAGAGAACCCUCGACCUGAAACACGCCGCCAGACUUUUGCUUACACACAUCCUCAAAAGCCAAUCUGGUACUAACGCAAGGCGUGGAUACGGGCUAGGAUCGAUUGCAACUCGAGAAGCCCCCGGGGCCUACCAUCCUGCCAGGCAGUCGGGUACUCACCAAUCACAUUCCAAGUGACCAACGGCUAAUUACGAGCACAACCUCAGGGCUUCGCACAGAAGACUGUGCCAUAAUUACAUGGAUACUUAUUGCAUCACUGAUCAGUAGCAGUAUCAGCUAAGCUGUGAUGUCCUUGCUGCAGCCACUACUGUCAACAGUAUGACAUUACGGAAAGGCUUCGUGAGAAGCCUCGGCUUGGAUCUAAGUUAGUACUCAGAGUCUUUGACUGACGGUAAACUGUAGCGUGCAGUACCAUUGACAUACCAAUUGGAGGGAGAAUCAUACCCGGCACAAAGUAUCAGACGAUACGGACAGCAUGGCAAGGUGCGAAGGGUUGCCUCUGGCGCUGCUGGUUGUGCUGUCGGCUACAGUGGGCGCGGCGGGACCCGGGGGGACUUGCGGGAGGAGGUUGAAGACUCUCGUCCAUGGGGCCUUAGUGGUGGCGCCUAUGCCUCCUAAUAUCACCGGAAAGUGGGUCUCCUCCAGAUGUGAAGUUCGCCCUGGACCACAAUUCAUCACACGAUCGUACACUUUCAAGGACAACAUGGACUUUCAGACCUACCAGUUCUUCUACGCUGAUCAGCACUGCGUCAGCCCACUGUACACAGUCACAGCGCAUGGGACAAUUAUUCUCAGGCAAGUGUCAUGGAUUACUCGCGGUGGGACCGAAGCUGAUUACUGGUUGGAGACUGUGUCCGUGACGUCACACAGUCAGGAGGUAUCGUCCUACCUGUCAGCACGUGUCAACGCUACAUGUCCGGGCUUCAUCCCUCCGGACCGCCUAUGGUACAACAACGUGCCGCACCAAGUCCUGUCGCGGCGCGGGGAGCGGGACUGUGCCGCCGGCCUGGACUUCGUCCUGCACGAGCUGCAGCUGCUGCGGGUGGAGCGGAGACAGGACGCACGUGAUGGACACGUGACGAUGGAGCUGUUCCUGGGAGACAUACACACAGACCGGGCCCAGCGCCUGCUGUACAGGCCAACCAGCUACCAGCCACCGCUUGUCAACGUUGAGCUGUCCUAUCCAAACUGUACGACUUGUAAAAUUGUCCAAGACGCAGACGAAAGACGUCCUCCAGUCUUUAAGACACGCCAGGAGUACCCAUUGCAUCUAAACGGGGAGUGGAUCAGCAUGCGCUGUGAGGUGCGACCAGAAGCGCUGUUCCUGACAAGACACCUUGUGUUCUACCCUGCUAACCAAACGUGGGAGGGUUGGUACGCUCACUACUCGGACCCCUCCUGCCGACAUUCAACUUUCUCAAUACAUGCUAGUGGCAGUUUCACAAGGGGCGCUCGGUCAUCGGUGGUAGAAGGUGGCACGGAAUACAUUUUUCAGGUUACCCAGAUGAGAGUGACCCCACAGGACAGUGACACGACGUCGCUGCUGAAUGUGUUCCACGGGCAGGGGUGUGGGGAUGGUGGGAUCUGGCAGAUCGGACGAGAACAGGACGUUACCAGCACGAAUGGGUGUGUGGCAUUGGGCAUCACACUCCCACACAUAGAGUAUGAACUAUUCGACAUGGAGCGAGACAUGUACGACCGUCUUCUGCUGUACAUCGGACAGAGACCGAGCGACGGCACAAGUCCGACCCAUCCUGCCCGGCGGGCUACGUCGUACCAAACACCGCUCGUGCAAUGUCUGCCUUCCAUGGACACUCCCGACAUAAGGACCAACAUGGGCGAUAGUAACAUUUCUAGACGUUGUACAUUUAACACGGUCCUUGUUUGUCUAUCUCAUGCUGUGUUGUAUGUAUUCAGAUGACCGUCGCGCUCCUUGUGUAUCGAGUUAACGUUAUUGCUUUGUUUGGUGUCAAUAUGAUAAGCAGUACUAGUGACAACUAAUCGUCUUGAGGAGUGAGAAAGGGAAAACGCAUGCUGUCAGUCAUAAAUUUUGACAGGGGUAUUCAAUGAUAACGAAAAUGAAGUAUAUAAGAAAGUGAACAUUUUGGGGUAACUUAUGCACACAAUAGUACUAUUUUCUAUUCUGUUCUAUUCUACUAUUCUAUUCUAUUCUAUUCUAUUCUAUUCUAUUCUAUUCUAUUCUAUUCUAUUC